GGCCUCCCCAUAUUUAAGCCGUCGAUUAUUUCUGUAAAUAUUUUUACAGCACCAAAAUAAAAGAAUGGAGAACGACGACGAGGGAGGAAGAAACGCUCCAGCAUGCGCUGCAUGCAAGCACCAAAGGAAAAAAUGCAAACCCGAGAAUUGCGUUCUAUGGCCCCACUUCCGGUCGGACCGGAUGCGGGAGUUCCUAGCGGUUCACAGAGUUUUCGGCAUAGCGAACAUGUCAAGAAUGCUUCGGCAGCUCCGGAGCCACGAAGAACGGCACGAAGCCACCAAGUCUUUCACGUGGGAGGCCCGGGCUUGGGCGGAGGACCCGGUUCACGGUCCGCUCGGCCGGUUCAACCAGUUACAGCGAGAGAACCAGGACUUGAAGACGCAACUGUUGCAGCUCAGAAACAACGCACUUCAAAUUUUUUCCCUUCCGCCGCCACAGCUGCCGCCUCCGUCGCCGUCAUCUUCGGGAGGUACCGAUAAUAUUCACAUCUUACCGCAUUCAAGGACUAUAUCUCGAGGUCAACAUCAAGGUCAACUCCGAGAAAACCAUAUGACUGUUAAUACCAACCGGUCUAACCCUAAUCGUGAUCAGUUGAGACAAUAUGAUCUAAUGAUGUAUAAUCCUAUGUUUAGACCUUAUUGUUUAAAUAAUAAUAAGCAAACCCCAAUUUAUCGUCCGAAUGAUCCGGAACCAGUUCCGGUACUGUAUCAUCCUCCCUACAAUCCAAUCAGCCAGCGACCGGAUAGCCAUGACUUCGCCGGAGCAAGCUUUCGAAGAGUUUCUAAUAAGCAUGAUCAAGAUCAAUUGUUCGUAUUUCCAACAAACCUUCCGAUCAUGCCCCCGAAAGGUGAUGAUGAUGAUCUUGCUAUGUACGGCUCGUUACCGAGAAUUAACGAGGUGUAGAGCUAGCAAUAAUACUAAUGGAUCAAGGUAUCGUAGCGGUUCUUGGUAAGAGUAAUUAAUUAAUUACUCUAUAUGUUUGGGAUUUUGUGGAUGUGUUAUGUUUUCUUAUAUAUUGGGUGUGUUAAGUUUCCUAUAUAGGAGCCUGGUGGGUUAACUAAUUACGAAGUAAUUAUUUGAUUAGCCCAGCAACCUCAUUUCUAUAUUCAAUGAUUGAUUAUCUCUUUGUUGCUGAUGUAUUUGAGUUUAGAAUGAUCGAAUACUAUAAACAUAUAUAUGAGACACUCUAUUGCAUGCGUUUCUUC